UUUAUCUACUCGUUCCCCCACCUAGAAUCCCUAACUCUCACACACAUUCUCUUCAUUGGGAAUCUACUUCCUCUUCUUUUUAGAAAACUCGAAGUGUAUUAUCUUCUUCAUGAGUUGCUUCGUUCUUAUCAUCUAUUGAUGUCUACUAUUUGAACGUAAUGGGUUUCGCUUCAUUUCACAACCUUUUGAGUAAAGUCGAUGGCUUUGGAUGUGGGUUCUUCGUUUUUUGCAGUUUCUAUCAGAUUUUCAAUCUCUUCUUUCUCUUUUGCUUGCUUGUUUUAUCACUCAAGUUUCUUCUCUUCAAGGGUCCUUCAUUGUUUGUUCAGUUCCUAGAGAAGAUAUAUCGAGUCUCCCCGAAGAUUCAGUGUUGCAGUUCCUUCGAUCAAGACAACGACAGAGACGGGUUCGGUUCAAAACCUUGUUUGCUUGAUGAGUUGGAUCAGAAGAAACCUGUUGUUUUACACUGGAACCGAAAGAAGACGAACGAGAGCUGCGAGGACUGUGAUCAACUUAUUCUAAGCGACGAACUUAAUCUCAGAACGAACAACAGAGACAAUGCGGAGACAGAGGAAAGCGAGGAGGAGGAGGAGGAGGAAUCACGCGAAGACCAGGUGUUCGACGUUAUUACUCUGAGAAAAAUGGUGAAGAGAGAGAGGAAGCGCGGAGAUGGUUUGAAGAUGGAGCUGGAGAAGGAGAGGAGGGCGGCGGAAUCAGCAGCUGAAGAAGCCAUGGCUAUGCUUUUGAAGCUAAGGAUGGAGAAGAGCGCUGUGGAGAUGGAGGCGAAUCAGUACAAGAGAGUCGCGGAACAGAAGCAGGUGUAUGACCAAGAAGUGAUUCAAUCGUUGCAGUGGAUGUUGACGAAGCCUGAUAACGGAGAUACGAUUCAAGACUAAAAAAGCUCUUUGUAUUGCAUAUAAAUAAACAAAAAGUAAAAGACAUGUAUUCGAUUAACACAGCUUGUUAGAGCAUAAUUAUCGGUUGUUUCUUA